AUGGCGUACAACGCGCGGGGCGAGGGGCUGAGGGGAGGGCGAUUCGCGGCGCUCGCGCGAGACGCGGCGUCGCGGUGCGUCGUGUACGUCGAUGGAUUCUUCGAGUGGCGGGUCGAGGGACCGCGCGGGAAGACGGUGAGACAACCGUAUUUGGUGCGACGGAGCGACGGCCAGGCGAUGGCGCUCGCGGGCUUGAUUGAACGGCGAGCGGGGAACGACGCGGAGACGGCGGUGGUGACGAUGGAUUCGUCGAAGGGCGAGUUGGCGUGGCUUCACGACAGGCAACCGCUCGUGCUCGUGGACGACGAUGAUUUCGAAGCGUGGAUGCGCGACGAGACGUGGGCGACGCUGGCGGAACAGCGCAAGGGGCGAGAUCCGAAAAUGAAGGGCGUCUUGAAGUGGCAUCCGGUGACGACGCGCAUGAACGUAGCGAGUUAUCAAAACGAAGACGCCGUGAAGCCGGCGAAGCGCGAGUGCGAAAAGAACGCCGGAAACAUCGCGGCUUUAUUCGCCUCCGCCGGGAAAGACACGAAACCGAAGCGUCAGAAGACGGACGAACGCGAGAAACAAACGACCAAUCUUUACAUCGGAUAG